AUGAUCGACGGCGGAAAUGUGUACCGCGUGUUCUGCGCCAUCGUGCCGCUGUACGUGGGCAUCGGAUCGGGCUUCCUGUCAGUGCGCGUCUUCAAGAUCCUCUCGCCCGACCAGUGCGCCGGAAUCAACCGUUACAUCGCCUUCAUCGCGCUCCCCUCGCUCGUCUUCCAGGUGCGCACUCCUCAUCGAGUUCCCUGUGUCUGCGCGUGCUCCCGUCGUUCAUCCAUACUCUCCUCUCGAGAGAUGGGACGACUUUGUGGCACCUGGAAGGCUCUCAUAGGACCCGUGGUGGCCUCUGCUCUGCUCCCUCGCCGAAGCCAAUCUCUUCCUUCUCCUGCAGCUCCAUGUGAUGUGCUUCCUGCUGUCAUCCGACUUCCCUCCCGCAUGCACCUUUCUCUGAUCUCAAAACCCCAUCCUGGCCCCACCCCUCAGACCAUAGCCAAGACGGACAUGUUCUUGAUGAACUUCCAGUUUCUAGGAGCCGACUCCACAGCGAAGCUCUUCGUGCUGGUGAUGGUGACCAUAGCCAAGACGGACAUGUUCUUGAUGAACUUCCAAAUCCUGGGCGCCAACUCCACAGCUAAGCUCUUCGUGCUGGUAGUGGUGUGGUGGUGCUGUUCCUGCUGCUGCGAGUGGCCGCCAAGCAACUCGCCGUGCACAGAGCCUUCCUCUGGUCCGCCUCGCUCUUCAUGCUCGUCUCCAUGCCCAACACCCUCAUCAUCGGUCAGUUACCCUUGCUCGCCUGCUCCUGCGCCUGUUCCCGCGCCUGCUCCCACGCCUGUUCCCGCGCCUGCUCCCACGCCUGCUCCCACGCCUGUUCCCAUGCCUGUUCCCACGCCUGCUCCCACGCCUGCUCCCACGCCUGCUCCCACGCCUGCUCCCACGCCUGCUCCUGCGCCUGUUCCCGCGCCUGCUCCCGCGCCUGUUCCCGCGCCUGCUCCCACGCCUGUUCCCACGCCUGUUCCCAUGCCUGUUCCCACGCCUGCUCCCACGCCUGCUCCCACGCCUGCUCCCACGCCUGCUCCCACGCCUGCUCCCACGCCUGCUCCCACGCCUGCUCCCACGCCUGCUCCUGCGCCUGUUCCCGUGCCUGCUCCCGCGCCUGUUCCCGCGCCUGCUCCCACGCCUGUUCCCACGCCUGUUCCCAUGCCUGUUCCCACGCCUGCUCCCACGCCUGCUCCCACGCCUGCUCCCACGCCUGCUCCCCGCCUGCUCCCUACUCCUCCCCUCCAUCCAUCUGUGCAGCAGUGCAGAGUGCCGCUGCUCUCACACAUGUAUGGGGACGAGGCGGGGUACCUCAUGGCACAGAUCGUGGUGCUGCAGUGCUCAUGCUGGGAAGAAGACGCCUCGCCCUCAUCCCCCACACAUGCCCCAUGCCCCUCACAUGCCCCUCACAUGUCCCACAUCGUACCGCCUCCCCCCCUCACAGGAGUACCACUGCUGUCAGCCAUGUACGGGGAGGAGGCUGGGGACCUCAUGGCGCAGCGGGGAGUACCACUGCUGUCAGUCAUGUAUGGGGAGGAGGCUGGGGACCUCAUGGCGCAGAUAGUGGUGCUGCAGUCCGCCAUUUGGAUGCCGCUCACCAUCUUCCUCCUGUCCUGCCAGCAAGCCACCUCCCUGAGCACUCGUCGCGUUCACGACGCCGCCGCCCCCAACCACGCUCAUUAUACCAACAACCCUGGUGCUGGCACUGGCAGCACUGAUAACCAGGGCAGUAGCACUGCGAGCCGCGCAGCAAGCACUGUUGCGGGAGCAGACGUUGUGGGUGCCGUUGCCACUGUUGCUGAUGUCUCCCACGGCCAGGGACAGCAGCAGCAGCAGCAGCAGCAGCAGCAGCAGCAGCGGCGCAUGACUCGCCUGGAGAGCAUGCUUGUGCGCAGCUCCUCGUUCAAUGGCAGCUGGUUCAACAGCCGCGGCUUUAAUACAGUCACCCACGCAAGCUCCGUUAGUGACAGAUCCGUUAGUGACAGAUCCGUUAGUGAGAGUUCCGUUAGUGGUAGAAGCACGGUUGUGAGUUUCAGUGAGACGAGGUACAUACAUGAUGUGGAUGCUACCAGAUCAGAGAAGUCAGUUGGAACGCCGACAGAGUCAAGAGCAACUAGUGAUGAGCUGGCAGUUAGUGAGAGCAAGGAUGGGGAGGAGCAGCAGAGGCAGCACGGGAGUGAGGUUGCUGGGGAGGGCCGGGAGAGUGAGGGGAGUGAGGAAGGGCCGUGCGUGUGCAUUGAGGUAGUGAAUUAUCAGACAACUGGUGGUGCCCAGGUGAGUGCAGCUGAUGCUGCAGGAGCUAUAGCUGCAGGGCCGCCGGCUUUUGAGACGUCUCAGAAGUCUGCUGCAGGAGCUAUAGCUGCAGGAGCUAUAGCUGCAGGAGCUAUAGAUGCAGGGCUGCCAGCUACGGGAGCUGUACCUGUAGCUACAGGGCCACCAGCUGGUGGCGAUACAGUGGGAGGAGUGGGAAGGGCGAGCAGCUUCGGCCGGGCCAGCAGCUUCGGCCGGACCAGCAGCCUCGAUCAGUGUCCGUCUAUACCUGAAAGCACCCCGUUUGAGGAGCCCUGGGAUAGAGGGGUCGAUGCAGAAGGUAGCUCCAGCCUCAGGAAUGGAGGUGCCAGUUACACGGUUACAAGUUCAGCAGCGAAGGAGGAGCAGCAGCAGCAGAAGAAGAAGGAGGAGGAGGAAGAGAUGCAAGGGCAAGUACCAGAGAUGUCAUCGGUAGGGGCAGACGCCCCACUGGCUUGCUGUAAAGAGGUGGGGCCUGAGAAGCAGGGUGAAGGAGGGAGCGGGAUUGCUUGGUGGAGGAAGGGGAGGAGGAAAGGGAAGGGGAAGGGGAGGAGGAGCAGGGUGGUGGCGGUGCUGUGGGUGGUGUGGACGAAGCUGGUGCGGAACCCCAACAACUACGCGGCCCUCAUAGGGGUUAUCUACUCGCUUGUGUCCAACGCCUGUGGCUUUGGCUACCCGGAGAUGCUACGCACGUCAGUCAAGAUCAUUGCAGACACGGGCCUUGGCAUGUCCAUGUUCAGCCUGGGUCUCUUCAUGGCGAGCCAAAAGACCCUGCUCUCCUGCGGAGUGUGGCACACCGUGUGGUCGCUCGCGCUGCGCUUCACCCUCACACCGCUCACCACCGCACUCUUCGCCUUCCUCUUUGGCAUCCGUGGAAAGCUCUUCCGAAUCAUUGCCAUGCAGUCUGCAUUGCCCCCAGGGGUGGUGACCUUUGUUCUGGCCAACGAGUACAAAUCCCACACCGCCAUUCAUAGCACCGGGUGA